UGUAUGUGAGAGAGGGAGUGAGGGUGGAUAGCGCGCACAGUGGUGAUAACACUAUCUAUCUAUCUAUCUAUCUAUCCUAAUGACGAACGUCGCUUUCACGCGCUUCACUCAUCACGCGCGUCCGUGAAGUGGUGUUUCAUUCCUCACUCUUUUUGUCCCGCCCGCAUCUCUAAUUUAUUUCAGCCCUGAGUAAACUGCGAGAACUAUCGAAGAGCUUCUUCAGCCGAUGUAGGACAUGGUUUUUCGCCACGGAACUCUCAAUGUUUUAUCGUGCGUUUUUGCCUGCGCUCAGUCUACUAACAAUGUAGAGAAAGUGCGCGGUGAGCGCGAGCGCAGCGCACGGGCGAUGUUGACGCUGUCACCUUGCCGGCUGGCUCCCAUAGCCUCUUGACUUUUUUUUUCUUCCAUUGGAGUAUAUUCUAAACGAACUUGUGAAUGUAAAAGAAGGGGACUGUUGUGAAGCAACUGAACCGUCCAGCUGCCCACGCUGCCGCUGGGUCGCUCUGCACAUCCGUGCGCGCUUCUGAGGAGAAAAACGGGGACAAGACGCGUCCUUGUUUUUCCGUGAAUAUUUUGCCCAAUCCUCGUUUGGUGCGCUCUGGAGAGACGUGGAGCUAUUUCAAGCUUUCUGUUUCUCGGGAUAUAUAACAUUAGAAUGCUAGCAUCCGUCACAUUUGGAGUAAAGUGUCUAACUUAAGGUGACCAUUACGUUCGAGCGUCGACGUUUGCUGGAACGCGUAAAUGGACGAAUACCAGGACGACUGAUUCGGAAUUAGUAUCUGGAAAAAUGUGGCUGAAACGUUGUGUCACAUGCAGUUCCAUGGUUGCUUUGAGACCUGGAGGAAUUCUGGGAUGUAGAAUAUGGAUCCUCUUCAUCCUUGUCCAUCUCAUAAUGGAUCUGUCUCUAUGUGCACCAGCAGGCCAAGGGCUCACACUGAAACUACUGCCCAGAUCAGUGUCCCGCCGGCAACCACACCCUCUGCCUAGUCGGGACACGCUCACCGGCCAGCACUCGAGGACUCGUGUCUUGCAUCGUGGUGUUCCACCUCCCUUGCCAUCACUUGGCAAUCAUGGGGAGCUGGGGGGCACCAAACUGUGGUGGCGGAGAAACCGCAGGUCACUCCAAAAACGACAACUUUGUGCAGAUUGCCAAUUGACCCCCUCUGACAAAGGGAAGUCGGCUGCAUUAACAGAGGGGAGUAAAUCUGAUUUAAAUCUGCAUUUAUCUCGCUCACGGAGGCAGCUGAAAGGGGACGGCUAUGACUCCCUGGAGGGGAGGACCACUACAGUGGCAGGAUUUAUUGACUGGGGCCCUACAGGGGCCGAUGAGGUGCUUGAGGAGGAGGCGAAGACGACCCUGAAUGCCACCGUCACCUCUUUAGCCCCAUCCACCACCACAGUUACCAUAACUAGCACUACCACACGCAGCCCCCAAAGGACGUAUGCAGAGAUUACAACUGCACAUCCUAAGAGGCACAGCACCACACAGCCAAGCAACUCCAGAGUGACUGCCAAACCACCGAAACCUUUUGAGGGGACACCAGGUCUGGCUGUUCACCAGAUCAUCACCAUCACUGUGUCCCUCAUCAUGAUCGUUGCAGCCUUGAUCACGACUCUAGUACUUAAAAACUGUUGUGCGCAGUCCGGGAAUGGCCGACACAGCAGCCAUCAGAGAAAGAUCAACCAGCAAGAGGAGAGCUGUCAAAACCUGACCGACUUCACGCCCGCCCGCGUGCCCAGUAAGAUGGACAUCUUCACCGCCUACAAUGACAGUUUACAGUGCUCACACGAGUGCGUGCGGGCCGGCAUACCGGUGUACACAGAUGAGAUGAUCCAGCACACACCCAUCUACAAGACCUCCUACAAUGGAAACAGACCGUCGCCCACUGAAAGGCAGCUAAUCCCUGUGGCCUUUGUGUCGGAGAAAUGGUUUGAGAUCUCCUGUUGAGGCCCCUUUACUACCUUUGGGUUGAGCCCACGUCUUCAGUUUGUGCCCUGGAUCUCAUUGGAAAACCUGUGAGUCAAACACAAAAGACUAAAACACAAUAAAGCAAAACAAAACCGCAAGAACAACAACGACAAGCAAUUACAGAGACGGGAAGUGAGAUGAUCAGGCAGUUUGUACAAAUGUUUGAUCUCUCUAGAAAUGGACUGAAGAUGUUUAUUUUUCUAGACUGAUGCAGUGCUAUGGAUACCACUCCCAAAUUAUUUUCCAUAGACAUGCGAUCAUUUUAGAGAUGCUAUACCUAGAGCUGAUAUAUUGAAUACGUGUAUUACUGCACAUGUGGGUGUGCUGGAGUGGAGAGGCCAUGGGACGCUCUCUGACACGAUGAUACGUCUGCUUGUGUGGAGAAAAGACUCUCCUGAACUUUGUGCCAAUAAUGCCAUUAUGUGCCACUACAUAUAUAGAUGGGACGCAUUCAGUUUUGUGGAAAAUUACAGACACAUCAUGUAAUUUCAGUGACUGUCUCCCAAUAUCAAUGUGUCAUCCGUUUUUGUAUAAAAAGUAUGAAUAUGUAUUUGAAAUAUGUUUUGAAAUAGCUGAGGAAAUGUGUUACAAAUGUCAAAAAAAAUAUUUAUAUGGAGCACUAUUCAUUUAAAGAGAGAGAGAGAAAAAAGAACCCAUUGAGAAAUAUAGUAGUAUACCCAGGUUUUAAUUUCACUACAUUGUUACUAGGCCCUGUUUUAAAGGAAUAGUCUCUAUUUUUAUACAAACAAUGUUACUUAUGAGUCAAACAGACCCAAUUCAACCGGACUCUUGGGACUGUUAAUCUGUGAGCAGAGGUUUAAUGAAGUCGUUUUUUUUAAAGCUAUCAAACAAUGUGGAAGCCAGAUUCAGUAUGCAUUUAAAGCUUAUUUGAUUUGCCAAAGCCAUGCAUCAGACGCUUGUUGUUUCCUUUUUUUUUUAUCACUGAUGAGAAAUUACCUGUAUGGGUUAAUCAUGUUUACAGACUCACAGACCCUCAGAGAGGUGUAUGAUACCUACCAGAAAACUGUUAGUUUGUGGGUCAAGCCUAAAUAUCACAAUCAGUUAUCUAUUAAAACAUUACCAGAUAGCUAAUAAACCUCCUCUACAUUUGAAUAACAAAGCUUAAUUUGAAUAAAUCACCAGUCAGUUAUCAGCCCUGUGCAUAGACUCAUAAAGGACAAAAUAUAGUUUAUUUCCGUGCCUAGUCAUUUGUGCCAUUUGUUUACUUCUAUAUUUAAAUCUAAAACAAAACCAUGAAUGUCCCUGUCAUUGUGUGGUACGAUUUAAUUUAAACUAACAGUUUAUAAUUUAUACUAAAUUUGACUAAAAGGUUAAUAUUCCAUUAUUAGAAACCGAAUCGUAUAGUGCCAAUCAUUUUAAUAAAUUCAGAAAUGUAGUAAUGUGCAAACAGCAUGAAAUGUGCCAAUCAGUUUCAUUUAUUGAUUAAGUCAGCAGGAACAAAUAACACUUUUAUUAGUGUGUGCAUGUGUGUGUGUGAGAGAGAGAGAAUGUGUGUGUGAUAGUUGAGCAUCACUAGACCAAAGAGCUUCACUGUGGGUAGCAGUAUGUAAACAGACCAGGACAGUUAUUCAUGAUGAGUUAAGAAAAUAAGAGGGAGGAUACUAUUAUUUUAUCCCAGGACAGAUGUUUAAUGAUUACAAUUACAUAUUGUACAAAGGCAAACACUGUGAACGAGGAAAAGCGUUGUUUCCGAACAUCUUGGAGUAAAUUUAAACAUAGGUUUUCAGAUGUUACUAAAAAUGUUUAGAACCAGUAGAGAAUUGUGAUUCCUGUAUUCAUCCUUGGAAGACAGCAAUACAUAUGAAGUUUUGAAAACCCCCUUUUUUCACAAUCUAUAAUUGACCAAUUUAAGAGAUCAUGUGAACCACACUUGCCAAUCAUGUUGGGUAUUUAGAAAGCGUACUAAUUAUAUACUGGAACACUAAAGCUCUGUAUUAUGUACAUGUGUAAAUGUGUUUUCUAUAUAUUUACCUCUGUUCUAUCUGUGUGAUUUUUUAAAAAUAGUUUUUAUCACAAUAUCAGUGGAUAAGUUUGAAAAAGAUUUUUGUUUCCAUUGCAUAAGCCACUGCAGACAUUACAGACAGACAAAUGUACACUGAUGUUGUGCCAAGCCUCAAAAACACUGUUGUUUCUGCUGUAGCUGUAGUUUUCCUAAUAAUUAGGGAAUUCCAGGAAUCACUAGGAAACUGCAUGGGAUAAGAUGCACUAAAGACAUUUUGGAGGUUUCAAGAGUAAGUUUUUAUUUUAAUUUUUAAGUCCAAAUAAGUGCUAAACGGGACACUUUGAGAAAAGAAAAUGUUCUCUUAAGCAGAAGAUUUGUGCUGUGAGUCUGAUAAACAUGUCUGGAGUUGGACUUGAGUUUGAAAUGUUGAUUUGUUUUUCAGUCUUGACACAAAGCUUAGAAUCAGUUGAAUGAAAAUCUGCUGGAAAAAAGGUUAAUUGACUUUGUGCUAAGCCCCGCCUUAAAAAAACCCAAUGACCAAUCCUUCUGGACCUUGCCAACUGUUUGCCAUAUCACAAGACAAGCUUAUGUUUUACAUUCUGUAAUGGUGUGUGUACACCAAAACCGAAGCGAAGUCAUACAUUUCAGGGUGCCUGGAGACGGCUACAGGAAUGCCCUCCUCCAUUUUCUGAUACAACCAGAUGUGUCAAACCAAACAUUCCAAUAAGCUCUUUGCUGAUUGGACUGCGCCACAACAUGUCAUGCGUAUUUACCGCUCGAGCUGAAAUUUUUCAACUUGUGCGGAAGACACGAUUAAGGCGAACAUCGCACAUUUGCAGCAAUUGCAAAUUAAAGUCUAUUUGCCCCUUUAGGUUGAUUUUGUAUAUAGGCUAAUCUACUCACAAAUAAUUACAUUUGCUUUUGGUGUGCACACUCCAUACGGCUUGUCUAAAUGAACAACAGUAACCAUUGGGGCGGAGCUAAGGGAAACGGACAACUGACCAUUUUCAUCGUCUGUGCAUUACACCUGAAUGUGCUUUCUCAUUCAUUUCGAGUCUAUCAGAAAUUUCUCUGAAUGAAACCUGCUGAAUCCAGUGCAAUAUGUUUUUUUAUAUGACAAAUGCAUCUAAAUCAGAGCGUCCUCGUUAUUGACAUGUAAAUUACAUACUGCUUAUUGUAAAGGCUUAUUUUGUUGUCGUGUUGUACUUUUUGUUUUCAUGUGGUAAUAUACUCAGGCAUCAUCUAUCUAUGAACGUUUAUAAAAGUCAAUUGUCUAAUGUUUACAGACAAAAAUCUUUGUUGGCUUCAGUUCUGUUCUUUUUCUUUUUUUACUUUAUUUAUUAAGUGACGCACAUUUCCAGAGUCACAUUUCAUGAUGACAGGUUUCAUAUGGUGCAGAGCGUACUCCUAAACAUACCCCCCAAAAGCCCAGGGCUGUCAGGAGGGAUUACGCCAAAUUCCUCCUUGUCCGUUUAAACUUAUAGAAACCAGAAACUCUUUACUACGGCUUAGUCAGGGAGGAUCUGAAAUGGUCUUUGGCUUUUGAUUUGCUGCAGGUACACUUUAUUACAUUGCUCCAUAUUCCAUACGAAAACAACCUGACACAUGUCCUGUUGUUGCCAUAGAAAUAAAAACUUUGUACUUUGUGUACCUUAACUUUUUUAUAUUUAUGUCUAAUAUAUCGAUGAGUACCUCUUUUUUUUCUUCUUUUAUAUAAGAUCUAUGAAUAUAGUACACAACACAAUAUAUGAGAAAGAAAAAACACAUGAAAACAUACACGGAUGCUGUAUGAACUAACAGUCUCUGUGUGGAAAUAGUGCUGUGUACUUUUAUUUUGUGUCUUUGAGUCUCUCUCUCUUUCUCUUUUUGUAGGUAUUGGUAAAGUUACAUUUCCAGGUGACAAUGAUUUUGAUUCUUGUUCUAAAGCUCUCUGUGUUUUGGCCACUGUAAAUGCAGCUGUCAUCAGAAUGAAUCUGUACAUUUAGUACUCUCUCAAGUUGCUAUGAAUAAGAUGUUACAAUGAAAUGGGCUGUCUUUCUAUAAACACCAUCAAACGUUUGUAAAAUGAUUAUGGGGUGUUAUUUGGACUGGGACAAUGAUAUUGAAAAUAAAAGUCAUUCAAAA